AUGGCGACUGAGGUGGCUGAAACUUCAAGGAAGGAACCUCUAGAGGAAGAAUCGACCUCUACACCAUCAGAUGAUCUGUCCACGCUGAAGAGAGAAGAGCGACUGAGGAAAUUCAGAGAGCUUCACCUGAAGAGGAAUGAAGCUCGAAAGUUGAAUCACCAGGAAGUGGUGGAGGAAGACAAACGGCAAAAGUUACCGAGUAACUGGGAAGCGCGGAAAGCGCGCCUGGAGUGGGAGGUGAAGGAGGAGGAGAAGAAAAAGGAAUGUGUUGAGAAAGGAAUUGAUUAUAAGCGAGCGAAGUUGCUGGAUAUCAGUGCGGAGGAGGCAGACAGAUGGGAGAGGAAGAAGAAGAAGAAGAAUCCAGAUUCGGGCUUUUCAGAUUAUGCAGCCGCCCAUCUGCGCCAAUACCAGCGGCUGACCAGACAGAUCAAACCGGACAUGGAGGAGUAUGAGCAGGAACGGGAGAAACGAGGUGAAGACUUCUUCCCUACAUCAGACAGCCUGUACCAUGGAACGCACGUCCCGUCCAAGGAUGGAGUGGAGAGAAUGGUGACAGACCUGGAGAAACAGAUUGCGAAGCGAGAGAAGUACAGCCGUAGACGCGCCUAUAACGAUGACGCCGACAUCGACUACAUCAACGAAAGGAAUGCCAAAUUCAACAAGAAAGCGGAGAGGUUUUAUGGGAAAUACACGGCCGAGAUCAAACAGAACUUGGAGAGAGGGACGGCUGUGUAACCUCAUUCCGCUCCUGCUUUGUAAAUAGGAACUUCCUGCCGCUUGCAUUGGAUCAGCCAUCAU